GAAAUUGUUUGAAACAUAUAAUUUCAUUUGUUCACUACAAUACACCUAUUAUCACCAUGAACUACCACAAAGUGUUGUGCACUUUUAUCAUCUGUUCAGUUCUUUUCUUUGCAUCGACCCAAGCAGUAUUGAAACCUUUUCCGUGUCCCAUACCAUGUUUAAAACCAGUAGAAGUACCAUGUCCUAUCCCUUCAUGUUUGGGAACUAACAGUUUAACAUCAAAAUUGAAUGCAUUAUUAUUAGCUAAGCUAAUUUUGAAAAAGGGAUUGACUCCAAUACCUGCACCAUACUUAGUACCCACUACUCCAUCAAAACCUAGUACUCCACCUCCACCAGUCGAAUCAAAACCUUGUGCUCCGUCUUGCCCACCACCAAGCCCACCACCUUGCCCACCACCUUGUCCACCACCUAGUCCACCACCUUGCCCUCCUCCAUCUUUACCUGCAUUUACCUUACUACCGCCAUGUCUUCCAUCACCAGCACCCUGCCAAUCUUAUUCUUCAUUAUUGGAAUUAGCUCCUUUACUCGCUUCUUUAGCAUCAUCACUUAAUCAAUGUCCACCGCCUGCACCCGCAGUUGCUCCAUUACAGUUGAUUCCUAUCCCAACAACACCAAUAACUCCACAAUACCAAUAUGAACAACAAUUACUUUCACAAAUUUUAGCUUCUACUAGUACAUUGUCUACCCCAUGCUCACAAUAUUGCUUCCCAACACCCCAACCAGCAUGUGGAUGUUAACAAGUCACACUUCAGUAAAGACUGAAUUGUAAAAUCUCGUAGAAAAUUUCAAAAUUUUAAUAUUAUUAUUAUUAUUAUUGUCCAGUGUUAAUAAAUUAUAAUUUUAAUUAAAUUAUA